UCGGACAACCGCUCAUAAACUAUGUUGUGUAUACUCAGCGCGCGCCUCCUCCCCUUACUCUACUCUGCUGUCCUCCUCCUCUUCCGAAGCGCUAUCCACCUCGGCUGCCGUCGGUUGCGGUGGAGGAGCGGGUGCUGGGUUGCUGGAACCUUGCGCGGUUGCGCCCGACGCUCUUUUGCGUGCUUGUGUUUGUCUCACGCCAGACAAUAGAAAAAACUGGCUCUGAGCCUGCUUGCGGACGUCUAGGACCCCUCAACAAAAUUCGUCUCGACGAAGCGAUUGAUUACUGAACGUUGACUUCGAGAUAUGUCCCUUCGGCCUGGCAACUCUCAGACCGUGCCUGUUUCCUUCAAAUUCCGCCAGCCUGUCA